AUGUAUGUGAAAUUAUCAUCCGCCGUAUGGCUUUUGGCCAUUUUUAUAGAUCAAACCGUGAAUAUGCCAAUCCAGCGGUGGUGGUUCGGGGUGGCGGGUGGUAGCGCUGGUGGUGGCGGUGGUAGCAGUGGCGGUGGAGGCUCAGGUGGAGGGCCUGGCGGUGGUUCAGGCGGAUCGCAUGGAGGUGGUUCCGGUGGCGGCGGAUCGCAAGGAGGUGGUUCCGGUGGCGGCGGAUCACAAGGAGCUGGUUUCGGCGGUGGCGGUGGUGGCAUGAGCGGCAUGGGUGGUAUGAGCGGUAUGGGCGGCAUGGGAGGCAUGGGCGGCAUGGGCGGUAUGAAUGGAAUGAUGGGCGGCAUGCCGGGAAUGCUUCCGUUCCCGUUCUUCCCGCCGUUCGGAUGUGAGAUUGAUUGCAACUUCCCAAUACCUAUGCCUAUGCCUCCGCCUAUGCAACCUCAACAACCGAGUAGACCACCACAAACUCCCCCACCAGCGACUCAACCGCCGCCGACAACUCCGAAAAUGCCCAGCAUGCCGCCUCAACCACAAAUUCAACAGCCCAUUUACAACACUCAGGUGUACUACAUUUAUCCUAACUGGUGCACCGGAUGGUGUCGAAUGCUGUACAAGCCGCAACCAAUGUACUACCAACCGAACUGUAUACUGUUUUCUUGGUUGGGUAUAUGAUUAUUUAUUUUAUCGUUUAUUUAUUCGUUUGAAUACUAAUUUAUUUUAACUUAUUCGCGCACAAAUGUACCUAUUUGGUGUAAUAAAAAAC